UUAAUAGCUGUUUCAAAGCCACAAGGGUCGUGCAUUUGUUAUUAUUGCAGUGAAAUCAUAGACUUUGUCGGUCGCCGGAUUGAUAUCAAGCUAUUAGAACUAAAUGGCUAAGUCCAUUAUUACUACGCCCUUUAACCCCUUUUUUCCGUUUGUAGGCCUUGAACUGAAUGCUGACCAUCAGAUACGACAAAAGAUCGCCUAUUACGAAACUAAACCCUUCAGUAAUCCACUAUGCUUUUAAUGAAUACAACAGCAGCAGCUAUGGCAAAUGCCACUCUUUCUGGAUUGGAAUUYGAAGACACUUUUCCAGUAAAGAUCAUCAAGGUAAUAGCGUACUGCAUCCUAUUUUUAGUUUCAUCCACUGGUAACCUGUUUAUUAUCUGGGCAACAAGUAGAGACAUUCGACUAAGAAGUAUGACCAAUAUUCUGAUUGCCAACAUGGCGGUCAGUGAUCUUCUCGUUCCUUUAUUCUCGAUCCCAAGACAUAUCUCCUAUAUUAUCUUAUAUCCAGGAAUAUGGCUGAUUGAYGGUGACUUUGGACUUGUCCUUUGUAAGCUCGCAUUUUACCUGCAAGACGUUUCUUUGGGUGUUUCGAUUUAUAGCUGUGUGUUUAUCGCUCUCGAUCGCUUCUACGCUGUAGUUCAUCCCCUCAGAGGAGGUUUGAGCAGAAGAAAACUCAAGUACAUUAUCCCAGGGAUGUGGAUGUUAUCGAUGGCCACUUUUUCCGAUUACUUUGUUUCUGUUUCGAUUGUGAAGACAGAUGACUCGACAAAAUGCAUCCAGGAUAAGAAAAGAAUUGGUGUCACAACAAACCAACAUUUUCGGAUUUAUUAUAUUAUGAUGUUUGCGCUGAAUUUUGGAAUCCCAUUACUUAUCAUCUCUUUCCUUUACCUACGUAUCGCUCUCAAGCUCCGACGARCUGCAGUACCAGGGCAAGCAAGGAAMACUUCAUCUGUGAGGGAGCGUCAAAACAAGAAUGCCAUCAAAAUGUCCGCCGUUAUUGUCAGCCUUUUCUUCCUCAGCUGGUUCCCUUUCACAGUACAAUUAUUUCUCAUUCUGUUUGGAAACCUUCAAAGCUUAUCMCCGACUACAUGGAACAAUUUAGUUUUCUCAGUGUUUUUUAUUGCAGAAUCGAGCUGCUCCUACAACUUCUUCAUCUAUUUAGUGUUCACUCAAGUUUAUCGUCAGAAUUUCAAAAACGCGCUUUCAAAAUGUACUUGCUUCAAUUUUUCUUCAGUAAGAUUUCGCACCACUAAUUCGUUUGCUCUUGAGAUCGUGGCAACAGUUGAGCAGGAAGAAUUGGAUAUAGAUGGGACAAAURACCUUAAUUAACUGGUAAAAAUAUUUUAUGACGAUCACUCAGGUACUGUUGUGUUUUGGGAAAGUUCUGGACAACAAGACCGUAGAAGUACAACUAACUCACAACAUUUUAUUCGCUUGAGUUGUAUGCAUGGAUAUGAUAUUCACACAAACAAUAAAUUUAUGAAAAACUUU